CACCCCUAGGGGUGGACGGGAAAACUGGCACAGGCUGUUGAUGAAGAGAACGUCCACGCGCCGUAGAAAUUUAUUUUGUAGCUGCGCGCGCAGGGUCCGGGCGCGCUAGUAAUAGUGGCGCUUGGCGCGAUUUCGCGCCUCGACCAUGACAUACCAAGCCAGUGCCUACCUCUUCUCACUGAGCCAACAGCUCGUGUAGCUCGUGUAGCCUAAACUCUACUCCUUGGUCGGAUUCUGCACACCACCAUCGCACCUACCUCCAACAGACGCCGCAGCGAUGGCGGAUCUCAGCAUCGAUGAGGCGAACAAGAUUCGCCUUUCCAUGGGCCUGCCCGCGCUUCCAGGCGGCUCCGCCAGUGCUGCUCCCGAAGGUCCAACUUUCAAGUCCGCGAACGCAGCCGACGACUCAGACGAGGAACCAGCAAGCACGAUCGACACGCGCCAGGCUGCCGCUCACGAUAACUGGUUGAAGCUCAAUGCCGAACAAGAAGCCAAGAAGAAGCGCGAGGAGCGCGCGGCUGCGAUCAAGAGGGAGCGCGAGAAGGCUGCCCGCACCGCGAAGCUCGAAGGCAAGGGGCUUGCCGACGACAACGACGACGAUGACGAUAUGGCCUGGCUGAAGAGCAGCAAGAAGCGCCAGAAGAAGAUCCUCAAGGCCGAGCAGAUGCAGAAGGAACUCGAGGAGCGGGAACGGCAGGCUCGUGAGGCCAUGCAGUACACAGAAACAGAUCUUGCAGGCGUCAGAGUUGGCCAUGAAGUCGAUCAAUUCGAUGAUGGCGAGGAUCAGAUUCUAGUGCUCAAAGAUACUGCAGUCGAUGCUGAAGACGACGACGAAUUGGAAGCAGUGGCCCUGAAAGAGAGAGAGCGUCUACAAGAGCGACUGGACUCAAAAAAGCGAAAGCGCGCGUAUGAUCCCAAUGACGAGAGCGGCCAAAAGUCCAUUCUUGCCCAAUAUGACGAAGAGAUCGAUGGCAAGAAAAGUAAUGCUUUUACAUUGGAUGGCAAAGGACGAACCGUCGAAGACGUACAGGCAGUAGCUGCAAGGGCUGGGCAGCCGAAGAGAGUCGCGAUCAGUCUCGACAUCCUUCAAGACGAUGCGCCGCUCAAUGACUACCUGGAUUUGUCCAAGACGAAGAUGAAGAAGCCAAAGAAGAAGAAAUCUAAGAGUGCGAAGCGAGAACGGGUUGAAGAUGACGAGGAGAUGAUGCUAUUGGCGGUCGAAGAUCCUGGUGAACACAUGGAGCUCGAUGCCACCGAAUCAAGCGCACCCAAGCCAAAGAAGAAAAGCGUGUUUGACCAGUCUUUCAUCGAUGAUGACGACUUACAGGCUAACCUUGCCGCACAGCGACAAAAAGCACUCAGGAAACGAAAGAAGAUGCGACCAGAAGACAUAGCUCGUCAAAUGAGGGAAGAGGCCUCCGCACAACCGACUCCGGAUUCGGAGGAAAAAACUCCUGAAGAAGGCGAUGUGGAGGGUCUGGUCAUCGAUGAGACAACUGAGUUUGUGCAGAAUCUUGGUGCAAAUGCAGACGAUGAUGAGGAAGAAGCGAGGAGGCGGCGAGGGAAAUCGAGCCAUGUGCUUGAAGGCGUCAAGAUUGAACGACCCAUCGACGAGGACGGUGACCUCGCCAUGGAUCAGUCUUAUGCUGAAGUCGCAGAAGCUGAAGAUGCACAGCAACGCAGCCAGUCCCGUGCGAAAUCACCUGAAGAUUUCAAUACCGGCCUUGAAGCCGAGAAGACUGUCGAUGGAGGCAUGGGUGCCACACUUGCACUUCUGCGACAGCGGGGUCUUGUAGCUGCGGAAAAUGAUGCAAGCACAAAGAAUGCGCUCUACCGCGAACGCCAAAAGUUUCUUGCGGACAAGCAGCGAGCCGAAGGCGAUGCUGAACGCCAGCGCAAGAUGGCUCGUGAGCGUGAGCGCAACUCUGCCCGCUGGAAUACCAUGACACCUCGCGAACGCGAGGAAUGGGCACGUAAGCAGAACACCAAUGCCGACGCCAGUGAAAGUCGCAGGCUAGCGGAGAUCUUCAACAAGGAGUACAAGCCCAACGUCGAACUGAACUAUGUAGACGAACACGGCCGCCAAAUGAAUCAGAAAGAGGCAUUCAAGCAGCUGUCACAUCAGUUCCACGGAAAAGGAAGCGGGAACACGAAGACGAAGAAGCAUCUCGACAAGGUGGCUCAAGAAAAGAAGAAGAUGGCUGAAAGCUCGUUGGAGGUUACCAGAGCAGGUGGUGUUGGCAGUGCUCACGAUCAGCAAGCGAAGAAAUUAAAGACCGCCGGUGUACGCUUACAAUAACGUUCAAAUCUUAGGUCUGUAAUCAAUACCCACAUUCAUAAGAUACAACAAAUUCAAAAGA